AGACUAGAUCGGCACAGAAAUGUCAAUUCAUGAAAAAGUCAAAUCAUUUUUAUCUCCCUAUUACUCAAAUGAAACAUUCCUAAGCAAUAAUAGACCGUUUGUUACUCUAACAUACGCUCAAAGCUUAGAUGGUAAAAUAUCUGGAAAAGGUGGGAAACAACUUCGCUUAAGCUGCGAAGAAUCAAUGAUAAUGACUCAUAGACUGAGGACUUAUCAUGAUGGAAUUAUGGUUGGAAUUGGUACAAUCAUAAACGAUGAUCCGAGACUAACAGCGAGGUUAUUGGAAAUUGGUGAAGAGUCAAAAAUUAAUCAACCCCAGCCUAUAAUUCUGGACUCCGAAUUACGAUUUCCUCUUUCGGCUAAAUUGUUAACAUCUAAUGAAUGUAAAUCACCUUGGAUAUUUACCAGUCAUAAUUGUGACAACGAAAAACGAAAGAUUUUAGAACAAUUGGGUGCAAAAGUUAUACCUAUCGAUUCAGAUCAAAUUGGUCAACUUUCACUUACGCAUUUAUUAUCAAUAUUACAUAUUCAACCCUUCUCAAUUAAACACCUAAUGGUAGAAGGUGGUGCGAGAAUUAUACAAUCUUUCUUAAAAAAUGAAUUAAUAGAUUUGUUAAUUGUAACCACUGCUCCCGUAUUUGUUGGUCCAGAGGCAGUAUCUGCUACCGGCGACAACAGAAAAACGAUUGAGGGAAACGAAGCUGAAAAUACAUUUCCAAAUUUGGAAAGUGUAAAAUAUGAACAACUAGGGAAAGAUAUUAUUAUGAUAGCAAAUAUAUUAAGAUAAAUUCUUUUAUUAAUGGACCGCCUAAAUUUCCAGGAUUUAUUUUAUAAUUUCAGGUUCAAUUAAAUAAUAUAAUUUCCGACAUUUUAUAAAGAUUAAGGUUGGAACCCC